CCACGAAAGACCCUGAAGACUAUCGACGAUGCUCGGGACCUUGGCCGAGUCAUAUACUCUCGCGAGUUGAACUCAGUGUAUCAACUAGACAACAGCCCCGGUCCCGCUCCUCGACUCCCGCCCACCAGAACUGCCCGGUCUUGAACAUUUAUCAUGUCAAUCGAACUCAACUGGGACAAACUUGACCCGUCAAUUGCGCUUUCUCUACGAGAUAUCAUAAAUGAAAAGUUCUCUUCGCUGCCCCUGCCUAAGUUUAUUGGCUCUCUCCAUGUCAAUUCCUUCGACCUCGGAUCAACAGCGCCAGAAAUUGAGAUCACAGACCUUGGAGAUCCAUAUGCAGAAUUCUAUGAAGACAACUACGACUUAGAUCAUGAUGAGCAUGAAAGGAAUGCAGCUGAGGCACAUGCGGUGAUGGAGUCCAGCACAGAAACAAUAAGAGGAAGAGAUGCACCGGCACAUGCUGCACAGUUGGACAGUGAGGACUUUGACAUACAUUCAACAUCAACAGAACCCCCUCCAUAUGACAACUCACCUCAAUCAUCACCAGAGAACACACAUGGGUUCCCACCACAUGUGCCCUCACAUGCCCACUCACAUCAUUCAACAGCAUCUUUAUCAGGUAUCUUUCCAAUGUCUCUACGACAAUCAAGCUCGCUGCAUUACUUCCACCCCUUUGCUCGGCAAACUGCUGGCCUCAACUCCGGUCUUUCAACACCCGGAUGGGGUGCGCCACGAGCACAAUCUCCUGAAGCAAGUGAACCAGAUGAGCAUGUACGACAAGCAAGACCAAGAAUGACGCCAGCGGAAGCAGAGACACGACGGAGAGUGGAGGAUAUUCAGAUUGUUGCCAAAGUACGAUGGAAAACCAAUGCCAUUCGGAUGUCAAUAUCGACAGAACUGGUGAUCAACUACCCUUCAGCAGCCUUCGUCACGCUUCCUCUUUCUCUAACAUUGACUUCACUGACCUUUGAGGGUACCGCAAUUAUUACAUGCAUGUCCGGUUCGUCAGGUCGACGCGUACACUUCUGCUUUGUGGAAGAAGGUCAUCCUGAUGCAGCAAUUGGGGCUUCACAAAGCCCAACAGUGGGUGAGAUCUUGAGAGAUAUCAAGAUUGAGUCAAAAAUUGGUGAGAAGGAGAAGGGAGUGCUGAAGAAUGUGGUAAAGGUUGAGAGGUUCCUGUUGGAAAGAUUACGGAGAGUUGUGGAUGAAGAGUUUGUGUUCCCAAGCUUCUACACUUUCCUCCUAUGAAGCGGUGAGAUUUGGGAAAGGCUGGGAGCAUACUUGAUGAAUGCACGUAAGCAAAUAUUGCAUAGCAGAAGCUAGGUAUUCAGGAUAUCACCGGUAUCAACAAUCAAUCGCGCCU